ACACCAAACUCGCCAUGUCAAUCACCUUGUUUGCGUUAUUGGUUCUAUGUGCAGGCCCAACUUUGGGGCUUCUUGUGCCCCAGCACUACUGCGAUGAGCACUUCAGAUAUGCCAUGAAAGACAAACAACAGACCUAUAUAGGCAUUUUCUCGGCCCCCGACGAGGCAAUAAAUUCAAAUACAGUUUUAAAUUGGCUGGCGACAUUCGAAAUGCAAGGAAAGCGCGACUUGUUUGUGGGUUCAAUGAACACGUAUCCCAAUAAGAAUGAGGCCGCCAUUAACAUUGUAAGGGGUAUGCCGGCCGAGGUUUUUGUGGAGUUCUUGAACAUCACCAACGCGCUGCCCAAGCUAACAUCAUUGUAUCUCAACGAUCAACUACUCUGCUCCAAUGAAGAAUAUCCAUUUCCUAAGACUAGAAUUACUCUAAGGCAUCAAAUGACAAUUAGAGUGAAAAAUAAAGGCAAAUACUCUUCGUAUAUUUAAUAUUAUAUAUUGUAAAAUGCUAAGAACAUUAAAUAUAUUUCUGUGCAAAAAGUAUUUCAUACAAAAGU